GUGCCAUUGUAGUGACUCAUCUCGGGCAGAGCGCAGGGGCUCCGAGCGAACCAGCGAGUGAGCGAGCGAGCGAGCGAGCGGCGCUCCUCGGCGGGGACAGAGAGAGGGCGAGGCGCGGACGGGCGAGGCGGGCCCGUCCCGGAGCGGGCGCCGGGGCAGGGGUGCGGGCGCCGGAGCGGCUGCGCGGGGGAGCGGGGCCGCGUCCCUCUCGGCCCGGGCUCACCUGGAACCCUGCGGGCCGCUGUCCCGCGGGCGCGCUCGGGGCGGCAGGACGGGCGCACGCCGCCUCCUGCUAGUCAAGUGUCCGAGCCGCUCGGGAACUCGGGCGGCAAGUGGGCCACAGGAAGUUUAUUCUCGGGCCCCUUCUCUCAAAGGAGGAAAUAGAAGUUUCUCCAGGCGGGCAGCCUUUCUUUUCGUCUUUUUGGCCCUGCCUGCCAUCGAGGGGAGGUCCCCAGAGCCCGCAGGCGAGGCUCGCCCGGCUCCGAGUCUUUGUUCGUUUCCGAUUCUGCCGCGAGCCGUGGGUCCCGACCCGGCUCCGGCUGCGCGCGGGGGCGGGAGGGCGCGCGCAGGGGAGGGACCGAGAGCGGCGCCGACUUUUUAGAGGGAGGGACCGUGUGGACAACUGGUCUCGCGGCGCUCUCGGAGCAGGGAAGAAGUGCGGUACGAAGCGCUCGGGGGACGCGGUUCCCGGCGUGUCGCCGCCUCCCCGUCCGCGCCCGCCGCCGGGGCUGAAAGCCCGGGAGCCGAGAGCGGAGCCCGCGGCGCGGCCGGCGGACGAGCGAGCGCGCAGCAGCCGGUGCGCGGCCGCGGCGAGGGCGGGGGAAGAAGAGCACCCUGUUUCCUCUCCGGCCCCCACCGCGGAUCAUGUACCAGGAUUAUCCCGGGAACUUUGACACCUCGUCCCGGGGCAGCAGCGGCUCUCCUGCGCACGCCGAGUCCUACUCCAGCGGCGGUGGCGGCCAGCAGAAGUUCCGGGUAGAUAUGCCUGGCUCGGGCAGUGCCUUCAUCCCCACCAUCAACGCCAUCACCACCAGCCAGGACCUGCAGUGGAUGGUGCAGCCCACGGUGAUCACCUCCAUGUCCAACCCCUACCCUCGCUCGCACCCCUACAGCCCCCUGCCGGGCUUGGCCUCGGUCCCCGGACACAUGGCCCUCCCGAGACCCGGCGUGAUCAAGACCAUUGGCACCACCGUGGGCCGCAGGAGGAGAGAUGAGCAGCUGUCCCCUGAAGAGGAAGAGAAGCGUCGGAUCCGCAGGGAGAGGAACAAGUUGGCCGCAGCUAAGUGCCGGAACCGACGCCGGGAGCUGACAGAGAAGCUGCAGGCGGAGACAGAGGAGUUGGAGGAGGAGAAGUCAGGCCUGCAGAAAGAGAUCGCCGAGCUGCAGAAGGAGAAAGAGAGGCUGGAGUUCAUGUUGGUGGCCCACGGCCCAGUGUGCAAGGUGAGCCCGGAGGAGCGCCGCUCGCCCCCCGCCACCGCACUGCCGCCCAUGCGCAGUGGGGGCGGCGCGGUGGGCGCCGUGGUGGUGAAGCAAGAGCCCCUGGAAGAGGACAGCCCCUCGUCGUCUGCGGCGGGGCUGGACAAGGCCCAGCGCUCGGUCAUCAAGCCCAUCAGCAUCGCGGGGGGCUUCUACGGCGAGGAGCCCCUGCACACCCCCAUCGUGGUGACCUCCACUCCCGCCAUCACCCCGGGCACUUCGAACCUCGUCUUCACCUACCCCAGCGUCCUGGAGCAGGAGUCGCCCGCAUCGCCCUCCGAGUCCUGCUCCAAGGCGCACCGCAGGAGCAGUAGUAGCGGGGACCAGUCCUCGGACUCCUUGAACUCCCCGACUCUGCUGGCCCUGUAACCCAGCCGCCUCUCCCGCCAGCUCCAGAGGGGCCCUCAGCACCACCGCCUCCCCAGGGACCAGCACCUUGAAGCCUCUGGGGCCGCGAGGACCAGAGUGGGCUCUGCUGGGGAGCUGCCCGGCUCUGCUGGACAGCUGGGACCCCGGCUGGGGCGGCACGGGGCGGAGGUGGGGACGUGGUCAGUCUCUGGGAGGCCACGGGGCCUCCCUCUCCUGCGUCUUGCAAGCAAAUCCUGUUUCUUGAAAGGCCUCGGAGAACCUGGCCUGCGGACUGGGCGACACCGGCUUCCGAGGAGCCUGAAGCUGUCCCCUUGAAACCACGCUGCGCUUCCCGCCCUGCCAAGCAUGCGCAGUGCCUUUUGGGUCCUCCUUCCCCCACCUCCGUGUCAAUUUCGCUCCCUCCUGGUUUUAUUUUUUUUUUAAUCGAGUUUGCCACGACAUUUCAUCCGGGUGGUCUGAGUAGUGACUCUUGUUUCUGGACAUGGGGCAGCAAAUGACUCCUGCGCUGGGGCGGACUGUGCAGAAGGGGACGGUCAAGUGCAAUACGGAACCCUCGGUCCCCCGACGCUCCCAGGCGCGCCGGCAUCUCCGAAACCAGCGGUGGGGCUCCCUGGGCUCGCGAGGGGGAGCCCCCUUCCUUCACUGGCAACCUCCUGGCCCUCGGAGCAGCGGCACAGCCGGAAGACAGGGUGUGAGAGAGACAGCCGGGACACAGGUUGGGUUUGCCAAGCGCCUAAUUACCAGGCCAGGAAUAGUGCCAACAAAGCCACCCGGGUGUCCUAGCCAGCUUCCCCUCCCCUGUGUCUUGAGCAGGGUGUCCCCUGUAAUUACUGCCUCGCCACUCUGCCCCUGGACCCUCGUCCCUGCCUAGGCACGGCACAGCACUCCAAGUCCCUGCGUGCCUCCGCCCUUCUCCUCAGGGUGACGCCACCCACGGAGACUUAAUGAGCGUGGCCUGGACCCUCCCCAGACUGCGGCUGGGCCACUCCUCCCCAGGCCUCAUGGAGGAGGAGCCCCUGCAGGCACAGUGGAUGGAAAGACCAGGUGAGCUGGGAGGCCGCCACUGGGGUGCACCUACAGCCGCAGCCCCAGGCCCGCUUGGCCCCUCAGCAAGGCAUUGGCCUCUUCUGCCCUCUGCUGUCUUCUGUCACCUAUGGACCAAGUGCUUUCUCUCUGCACACCCCCUGCCCCCCACCCCAGCGCAUGCUUCUGGCCCAGGCAGCAAGCUGAGAGCAGCCAUCGCCUGGGUUAUGGCUUAGGUGCCAUUCCUGGUUGGCUGGCAGAUCUUCCCGGCUGCUGCAGUUGGAGCUGGGAGGUAUUGCUUCCCACGGGGGGACAGCCGCCCCUUCCCACAGGUGUAGGAGGCCCGGGAGGGCCCCCACCCCAACUUCUAGCAAGAGCACAGCUCCGUGGGGUCUUCUCACCCCCCCACCCCGAGCCUUUGCUCCCCAGGGCAUGGCUCCCGGGGAGCAUCCUGUCAGGGCAGUGACACAUGGCCUGGGCUGUGGCUCUGGUUAGCUGUGGCCUCUGCAGGGCCACACUAUGAGGGGGCACUCUGCCCGUGGUGACUGUGUCUGCCAUCUAAAAUGAGACAUCCAUGUCAUGGAAACCAAACCCAGUCAGGGUAGAAUCCCCCAGUUUUCUGGAGCAAAGCAGGGACACCUUCACACACUUGUUCCCUUUUUUGCACACUGAGGCCACGUGUGCUAUUCACUGUUUAAUUCCAUUGCCUGCUUCCAUGCCCCAGACACACAGCAUGGACAAUCAAACCCCUGCCCCACAGCCCGGUAGGUCUGCAAGGAUCAGCCAUGCAGAGAGGAGAGAUGAUGAGGGGGUUUGUUCAGAAUACUUAAAAAUGUGCUGCGUGACAUUCCUUGGUGGUGGUACCACCCUCGGGGUCUCCCAGCCGCUCUGCAAAGGGGUGCUCCUAAAAGGACUGGGCCAUUGGGUUUCUGGCUUCAGAUGAAUCGAAGAAGCACAAGGCAGCCAGGAGUAGCAGGAGACAGGCAGGCAAAGAAAACGGGGUGCACUCGGCUCUGAGAGGUUUACCCCUCUCCGGGGCUGCUUGUAGCCAAGUGCGAGCUCUUCGCUUUCUUGCGCAUGUAGAUAUUUCUUAAAUGAAGCUGCUUCCUAGUCUGUCAUUUCCAAAAGCCCCUUUAUGUCCCGUUUGGUGCCGCCCGGAUCCCAGUGUGGGCUAUGGUCUGUGACUCGGGGUCAGGCGGGACAUUCCUGAGAGUUCAGAUCUCAGGCUGUGUUAGCCCUGGGACCAGCAGGAGGCCAAACCCGGCCAAUCCACGCGGCUUCCCAGCUGCGCUCCCUUUCAAUACCCCCGGCUUUGUCUCUGGAAGCUGUUUGGCUUUCCCGAAGCAAGAGGUUAUGUGGGGAAGGCUGAAUAUUCAGAGAGAGCGCCUCAGUUUCCUUCUUCCUGGCUUGCUCCCCGAGUUCUCCCUCCCGCAGCCACUCGCUCCAGAGUCACCAGGCCCCAGCCUGCCGCUCCCUCCUCCAGGGCUGCCGCUCUGGGGUGCUGGGCCGAGGGACUGCUCUGCUUCCCCGGGUCCCCAGCCCCGCGGCAGCUGGUGCAGACUCCCGAUGGGCUGCGGGCAGCUCUGGGACGACAGAGGGCAGGGCUCCUUGACCGGCUGGUGUGAAUGGCACAGUGCUCUGGGCCACCUGGAACCUCUGGCUCGGCAGACGGACAAGUUCUGGCGCAGGAGAGGCAGGUGAUUCCAGGUGAAGCUUAGGAAAUGGCCUGAGCCAACUCCAAGUGCGGAGCGGGGCGGGCGGGAGGCCAGGUGUGUCUACUAGGACCAGUCCCGAGCAUCCCAAAGCCAAGGGCCGUGGGGCGGCUGCUGCUUUCUCAGGCUUUGCAGGGAGGAGUCUCAGCUCCCACUGCACUCCCGGGGUCGGGAAGGGCGAGGCGGUUGACUGUCCCGAACGCUGAGACUCUUCUGUCCCCCUGAUGGCCUGCAGUGCCCCUUGUAGUCUCACCUUUCUCCCCGUCAGAUGUGCGUGGCCCUCUAGGAAGGAGAAGAGUACGCACCUCCCACAGGCACUAGGUUAGGCACUUUUCUACACUCUACCCCAGGAGGGGAGGGAGGGAGGAGAUACCCCUUAGGCCCCGAGCAAUGGAAAAGCAAAGCACUUGGAGGCAAGAAGCUCUUCCUUCCAAGGUUCGAGGUAAGACUGCCUUCGGUCUGAUGUUUGCUGUCAAAGGCCCCCCCCCCCCCCCGCCACCGCCACCUCCGACCUUGUCCCCCUGUGCUCCUCCACACCCCUUGGACUGGUGGAGGGGUGCGCUGUGUCCUUAGAGACUUUGUGGACCAAUAGGAUAUGUGGUGUUGUGUACCUUUCUUCUUAACACUUAAGUAAAGGGUCUUGCUGCGUUCUGCUUGUUCAGUCAUCUUGGCCUUCAUCUUAAAAGCCAGCAUCUCACUAUUUAUUGGCAAGGUGGAGUGUGUGUGCGUGUGUGUGUGCGCGCGCGUGUGUGUGCGCGUGUGCAUGUGUGUGUAUUUCCAGGUGUGCCUGCAAUCUCCUGAAGUUUUUUAAAAGGAAACCCAGUCAUCCCACUACUAAUCUCUCAUCUUCUCGUGCGUCUGAUGUUUCGGCCAUACAUCAACAAAGGGUUUUAACUUUCCAACGCUGACAACAUGUUCAAGAGGGGCUGGGUCAAAUUUUGAGGGGGGGCAUGGAGAGGGAGGGGAGAAGAAAUUGACAUUUAUUAUUUAUUUUAAAUGUUUACAUCUUUAUGUUGUUCCAAGCCUGAAUAGAAACAUAUAGCAUUAAAAUACUCCAUUCUUAUCUCUCUCUUUCACUUCCUUGUUUUUUUUUUUUUUUAAUUUAGGAUAAUGAUGCUUUUUUGUUUCUACAGUGAUUUGUGAGUUGUGCUGUAUAAACUGUAUAAAAAAGUUCUGUUUUGAAAGACAGUUUGUCAUUCCUCUGGGGACAGUGGUCGCUGAGAAAUCUACAUUGUUAGUAAACACCAGGCAAGAUCCUGUUCUAUUCCUCAAAAUGGAUUUUCUCUGUGUGAUUCAAGGUUUAUUCCAUUAAUUUUAGUUUGCAGUCAGUUGAGUUUGAGGAAGAAAAUAGUUGACGUUGUAUAAAGACUAGGUAUCAGGGUGUUUUCUGCAGUGGGAGAUGUAUAUAUAGUAUUUUGGUAUAUAGUGGACAAUGAUAAGCUUUGUGCACCUGUAUUUGAGAUAUGUCAAUGACGUGAAGUCUGCUAUGAGACCCUGGAGGCAAGCGAGUUGUACAAGGUUCCUAUAACUCUAUGGGGGGAAUUUAAUUACCUUUCUGGGCACCUUUUUCCUAUUUUUUUUUUUUUAAGUAAUGGUGAAAUGGUCCCAUCGUGGAGUCUCCUAAACAGAGCUCUCCAGACAGGACAUGAGCUCAAAAUCUUUGUAUAGUUUUGCAAAUUGAAGAGUAGCUCUCUCGGAAGCAUCUCCGCAGUGUUUCGUUGUUGUUUUGUUCUGUCGUUUUACUGUAUGUAAUACAAGCCUACAGUAUUUGCACUAAAGAAAGCUUGUUAGCAAAAGCUUGCUGCUAUGGAAGAAAGAACAUAUUAAACUUUUUUUCCCCCUUGCGUUUUUUGUUGUUUGUUUGUUGUUGUUGUUGUUAGCUUUUCCACUUUCUGUUGAGUAGCAUUUUGUAGAAUAAAAUGAAUUAAGAUGGAAGAGUC